AUGACGAAGGGAACUUCCAGCUUCGGUAAACGCCGAAAUAAGACCCACACACUAUGUAGAAGAUGUGGAAGGUCUUCAUAUCAUAUACAAAAAUCUAAAUGUGCUCAAUGUGGAUACCCCGCAGCUAAGCUGCGUUCUUACCACUGGUCAGUGAAGGCUAAGAGGAGGAAGACCACAGGAACUGGCCGCAUGCGUCACUUGAAGAUUGUCAGAAGGCGUUUCCGCAACGGAUUCAAAGAGGGCCAACCCACCCCCAAGAAAGCUGUUGCCUCCUCGUAG